CAUAGUUGUUUAACGUACAUCUACCACGUAAGGUUUAGCGUGUUUUUACUUGUCAAUUUGACAAAAGCAUAGUGACAAGAACGAUUAUUUAUAUUAUUAUUAUUACUGGCUAGUAUUUAGCCAUUUUUCAAUAACUAACCAUGUCAUCACCCACACAAGUUUUACGAAGUGUCGGACCAAAAUUAGUACCAUUCUUCAAAAGUGUUUGCGUUUAUUUUGUGCUAUUAGCAGAACAACCAUCACUUCUGACAGCCUGUUUUAAAUGUUUACCAAUAAUCAGUCUUAUUAUCUUUGUGCUUCUCCAUGGUAUGAGUUUAUCUGAUGAAUAUACUUUUUCAAGAAGAAUAUUAACUGGAUUAAUAUUCAGUUGUUUUGGUGAUGCUUUGAUUGUUUGGCCAAAUUUAUUUGUCGCUGGAAUGGCAAUGUUUGCCAUAGCACAGAUCAUGUAUAUUACAGCAUUUGGUUUUGUUCCAUUAAAUACAACAUUAGGAGCUAUGAUUUAUGCUCUUUGUACUGUGGUGAUCUACAUAUUGAUGCCUGGACUAAAUGGAAUCCUAGCCAUCGGUGUUCCCAUUUACACAACCCUACUGGGUACCAUGUCCUGGCGAGCGAUUUCCCGUGUUCGAUUCUUCAAGGAACCCUGGACCUGGACCCAACUUUGCAGUUGUAUUGGUAGUAUUUUUUUCAUCAUAUCCGACACUCUAUUGGGCUUUCAUCAUUUCUAUCAUCCCGUUCCAUAUGCCACGGUGUCAAUAAUGCUGACCUACUAUGCAGCACAACUGGGUAUAGCAUUGAGUGCAGUUGACUCGAGGGGUAGCACUAAAACUGCUACUGUCAAGCAUUAAUUAUUAUCAGUAACAUCUGAUGAAAGAUCAUUUUAAAUUCAUUACACUGUGCGUUUUAAAUUAUUACAAACAUCCAUACAUAACUGAGUGUUGCCAAAAAAAAAAUAUCCUACAUUCAAUCAAUGAUUUCUGAUGUCGUACAGUGUUGAUACUAUUUUUUCAUAAUUACUUUCAAACUAUUACCCACUAUCAGAAGGUAAGAAUGAUGAAUACAUUCAGUGGAAUUAAAUUUGAAGACAUCACAGGUCUAUUAAGCUGCUGAUUGUUGGAUCUAUCAACAUUUUAAUUUUUUAUGACGAUUAAUAAUUAAUCUUAUUAAUUAUAACAAUCAGAUCCAAUAGUGAAUCUGUCAUUUUUUUGAUUUAACUGUCCAACAUCUUCAGCAAAGCAUUAAUACUUUGCUAAACAUUUACAGUAGAUUUUAAUGAAUAAAGUUUAUUUUAUAAAAUGGCAGAUUUAUAUUUAGACAAGUUAUGAUUAAAUUUAAUAUCAGAUUUUAUAGAGUAGAAAUAAAAUGGAUAUUAAUUACAGUUAGAUCCUUUUAUAGAUAACUAUCAUUCAACAUUGUGUGAUAAAAUUGUUGAAUUUUAUCUAAAUAAUCAGACUAUCACCUUUUUAUUCUCUAACUACUUUCGAAUGAGAUAACUCUUUCAUGAUUAGAAUAAUCUCAGUGUUAAAAAUAAUUAUUCUAGUAAAAUAAAUGAAUAAAUCUUAUUAGUUUGAUGUAUUCUACAAAAAAAAAUAUUCUUAUUCAGAGUAAUUAUUUUUGUGUAAAAAAUAUAUAAUGUUAAAAGUAGAUAUAAUAAUUAGUAAAAUUGUUGAUAAAUUUAUCAAUAUAUCUUUAAAAUCAUCUCUGGUUCAGUGUCGUUUAUUGACACUGCCAAUAAUCAGUACAUAAAUAAAAUUAACUGUUGUCAACAAUUUAGCAUAAACAUUCAUUAUCUUUUGUUUCGUAAAUCACUGAAAUUA